UGACAAAGUCACAGUGUGACUUUGUCACACUGUGACUUUGUCACACUGUGACUUUGUCAAUGGUCCAAGUCGGACCGAAACGUCGUCGUAAGCUUCUCUCUUUUAUGUGCGGGUUAUUUGUGUAUUGUUCCAGUCACGGUAUUGUGCCUUUUUGUUAUUUAGGGACACAUUAAUCUGCUACUCUUUUCUGCGCUGUGGACAUUUCAAGAUUUUCGUGGUAAGCCGGUUAUUAAACUCAGGCGAGUUUAAGCAAGGGGGUUCACCUACUCAGUUGGGAACUUUUUGUUCCCAUUUUUACUUGCAAAAGGAACUCCUUUUUUUUUUUUUAUCUGCCAGCUUAGUUGUGGUGCCUGAGCCACUAGUUUUGGGAAUUUUCCAUUUUUCGGGACGUUGGGCUCGAUACAGUGAAUGCUGUUAGUGGCCUUGUAAACCCCAAACAACAGCUACAGCAACACGUGUCCUGAAGUUAUUAAUUAAAAAUGGGUAAGCCAAAACUGAAUGUUUUGAAGGAGAACCAGAAAGCUGUACAUCCAAAGAGCAGAAAGGCAAAGCAGAUUUCUAAAAAAUUCUAUAGAUAUAUAGAUCGCAAUCUUGUGGAGUUUGAACAAAUACAGCUAAAGCACAAGAUCGGUGGUCGAACAUCUCGGCAGCAUGCUUCCAGAGAGGAUCACAUAAGAAUCACACAUGAGAGAGAGAUAAAGCAAUUUACUGGCUCUGGGUUUGAAACUGUGGAUUUCUUAAAUCCAGAAGCCCUGGAAAUUUUCAAGUCCUGGACAGGAGAACUACGUUUCUUAAGUAACUUAAAGUUGAGAAGAUUCACCAAGCAAUUUCUAGAGUCAGGAGUAGCAGCAGUACCUGAAGAAUGCACCACUCUUCAUGAUGUUGAAUCAGAUGCAAAAGAAAUGGAUGAUCAAACUUGUGAUACAAAUAUUGUAUCAGAAGAGCAUGAAACUGAACAAGAAACAAUUUAAUCACAUCUCGAUGUUUAUAAAAGAUUAUGUAUAAAUAACAGUCUGUAAA